AUGCAGGGAAAUGACGCAAAUAUCAAUGAAAAAGAAGUAUGGAACGAGGAUACAGUAUCGAUAUGUGAUACAAAUGGUGAUGUGGAAUUUGACAAUGUCAACUUUGUAUAUCCAUCUCGUAAAGAUGCACCAGUUCUGCGUGGUCUCUCUCUUAUUGCUCGUACUGGUCAGACAACUGCUCUCGUAGGUUCAAGUGGCUGUGGAAAAAGUACAUGUAUAUCACUGCUUCUUCGUUACUAUAAACCUUCUUCUGGUCAAAUAACGAUCAGUGGUCGAUCGAUAACAGAUUACAAUAUCAAACAACUUCGGCAAAAUAUUGGAGUUGUUAAUCAAGAACCCAUUCUGUUUGCUAUGAGUAUUUAUGAAAAUAUUCGUCUUGGUAAAGUAAAUGCAACACGAGAAGAAAUCGAACAAGCAGCACGAGAAGCAAAUGCACAUAAUUUUAUCAUGCAAUUACCGGAUAAAUAUGAAACACUUAUUGGUGAGUGUGGUAUACAGUUGAGUGGUGGUGAAAAACAACGUAUUGCAUUAGCUCGUGCUCUUGUCAAACAGCCUACUUUUCUUUUACUGGAUGAAGCAACAAGUGCACUUGAUAAUGUAAACGAAAAAAUUGUUCAAGAAGCGCUCGAUCGAGCAUGCAAAGAUCGUACAACUAUUGUAAUUGCUCAUCGUUUGACUACAAUUCAAAAUGCUCAUCAAAUAUAUGUAUUAGAUAAUGGAACUGUGAUUGAGCAAGGUACACAUGAAACAUUGAUGGCAAAAGAAGGAGGCAAAUAUCAAGCAAUGGUCAAACGUCAACAAAUUGUAAGGACCAAUGAUGAUAAUGAUGAUAUGAUGAGCAUGCAAAAAGCAACAGAAGAAGAAGAAAAGUCGAUACUUGGACGUACUCGUUUAAUUAGCGAUAGUCAAACUGUUGAUGUGAACAAAGUUGAUUUUCGUGGUGAGAUAAAAUUUGAUCAAGUCAAAUUUAUCUAUCCAAGUCGACCAACAUCUAUUAUUCUUAAUAAAUUUCAAUUGAAUAUCAAACCAAGUCAAUGUGUCGCUCUUGUUGGAGCAUCUGGUUGUGGAAAAUCAACAAUUAUUCAACUGUUGGAACGAUUCUAUGAUGUUACAAGUGGUCAACUAUUUCUUGAUGGCAUUGAUAUUCGACAAUUAAACCUUCAAUGGGUUCGUUCUCAUUUCGGUCUUGUCAGUCAAGAACCAAUUUUGUUCGAUUUAACAAUUGCUGAAAAUAUUGCAUAUGGAUUAGAAAAUGUUUCAAUGGAAGACAUUAUCAAUGCAGCAAGGAAAGCUAAUAUUCAUCAAUUUAUUGAACAAUUACCUCAGGGUUAUGAAACAAAAGUAGGGUUGAAAGGUAGUUUUCUGUCAGGUGGCGAGAAGCAGCGUAUUGCUAUUGCUCGUGUUCUUCUUCGUCGACCUAAAGUAUUGCUCUUAGAUGAAGCUACGAGUGCCAUGGAUUCAUACAAUGAACAAAUUGCACAAGAAGCUCUUGAACAAGCCCAAAUAGAGGAUCCAAGUCGAACAUCACUCAUUGUUGCUCAUCGUCUAUCGACUAUUCGUUCAUGUGAUUUGAUUUGUGUACUUGAUAGAGGACAUAUAUUGGAAAGUGGUACUGAUACAGAAUUGAUACAACAACGUGGAGUUUAUUAUAAGAUGCUUCUUCAAAACGAUUUAAAAUAA